AUAAGCCAUUUACAGCCGGAGCUGCAGCAGCACUACCAGUGGUGACCCCUUAACAAAAUGCACUGCGUGCACGCACCAAGUCUAUGGGAUGGCAGAGGUGUCCCAAACGUGGCUUUUUACGGGCAGACAGCAGCAGGAAGCGGCAUCAAAGUGGGGCUUGUGGAUGAACAGCACCUUUCCAGAUGCAGCAACGGAACUCCAUGUAUCCAAUUCUAGACUCAGAGAAAUAGAAAGUAUUAAUGCAGCACAAAAGUCAGAAAAUGAGAGACUGAAAAAAGUUUGUAGUGAUUUAGAAGAAAAGCAUGAAUCGGCAGAGCUUCAAAUAAAACAGUUGUCUGUAGAGUACCGAAAUCAGCUACAACAAAAAGAGGUGGAAAUCAGCCAUCUAAAAGCUAGACAGAAUGCACUACAGGAGCAAUUGCAGAAGGUACAGACAGCUGCUCAGUCAGCACAGUUAGGAGCUGGUGUUUUGCCACCAGCCACUACAUCAGCUUCCUUUGUUCCAGUGGUUAGACAUUCCGCAGGUUUUCAAGAAGAUGAUAUGGAUUUUGGAGAUAUAAUCUGGUCACAACAAGAAAUAAACAGAUUAUCCAAUGAAGUUUCUAGGCUUGAAUCUGAGGUCGACCACUGGAAGCAGAUUGCACAGCUUUCCAAAGUGCAAGGGGCAAAUGAUGCAGAACAAAGUGAAGUCUGCAAGCUGCAAAGUAUCAUUAAGGAACUCAAACAGAAUUUAAGUCAAGAAAUAGAUGAGCAUCAGCAUGAACUUUCAGUAUUGCAGGAUGCACACAGACAAAAGCUAGUAGAGAUAAGUCGUCGACAUCGAGAAGAGCUGAGUGAAUAUGAGGAGCGAAUUGAAGAACUUGAGAGUCAGCUACAGCAAGGUGGUGUAAGCACUGAUGCCACAGAUGAUUCUAAAAUUAGUGAACAGAAAAAGAAUAUUCAGACUCUAGAUGCUGGAAAAGCAGAGGACCUGCAGAUUAUAAAGGACCUAGAGGAUGAAAUACAAAAACUAAAUCACAAGCUGUCUUCUGCCAAAGAAAAAGAAAAAAUUCUGCUACAAGAGCAAGAAUUGAUUAAGAUAGAAAAAAUCCAAAUAACACAAGAAUAUGAAAGUUUAAAAUCUGAUUUUAGUAAGCUUCAAAGUUCUGUUGCAGAACAAGAUGGUCUCUUGAAAGAAAAAGAGAAGAAGUUCCGAUCAGAGACAUCACUACUUCCAGAAGAUGUCGUCAGACUACAGCAAGCACUGUUAGAAGCAGAAGAAGAAAUAGCAAGGCUUUCAAGUUUAAAUCAGGCCAACAGUUUCAUUGGUAUGGGGAAGGAUAUUCAGACAUUUAUGCUCGAUCUACAGGUUCUUAAAGAAGAAAAUUUAAAGCUGAGAAAAGAAAGGGAGGAACUUCAGAAGGAACUGACAAAUGCACAACAUAAAAAUGAGAGUGUUCUUUCUAUAUAUACCGAGGAUCAGAAUUCAGAAUUAAGUCAAUUAAAGCAAGAUUUGGAAAGAAAAGAGCAUGAAUUAAAUGAAAGUAUUGCUGAAAGAGAAACCUUAAUAGCAGAGUUGGAAGAGCUGGACAAGCAGAAUCAAGAAGCUACUCAGCAUAUGAUUACACUGAAAGAACAGCUGUCAAAACAACAUGCAGAUGCUAAUAGUGCCAUGAAACAGCUGAAAUGUGACAUAGACUUUGAAAGAAAGAAGGUAUCAAAACUAGAAGUUGAGAAGAUGGAAACCAUUAAGGAGUUAAAUAGUCAUAAAGAAAAACUAAGCCAAUGUUCAUAUGCUCUUAAUGAUUUGCAUGUAAGUAAGCAGCAGCUUCAAGAUAAUAUUAAAGAUCUGCAGGAACAAUUAAGGAAAGCCCAGGACUGUAACUUGUAUGAUAAAAAAGAAAUUACAGACUUGCAGCAGAGACUAAAAGAAAGGGAGGAGGAACUUUCUGUAUCCUUGAGCAAGUUAACAGAAAAAAAGAAUCAGGAAUCUAACUACAGUUGUCAAGAUCUGAUUCUUAAAGAGAGAGAAGUAGAAAUUGCAAAGCUGCAAAACAACAUUUCAGAAUAUAAACAACUAAAUGAGAACUUGGCGAAAUCUAUGUCUGAUCUCAAAACAGAAAAUGGAAAGUUGGUAUUGGCUUGUGAAGACCUAAAACAGCAGCUAAGCGACGCUGUUUCUGAGAAGAAAAAAGUUUCAUUAGAAAAAGACGCUAUCAUGGAGGCUUUGAAAAUGGAAAAAAAACAACUGGAAGUGGAAUUAAACCAGACUGAAAAGCAGCUGUUGGAACAAGCACACAAGUACGAGCAAACUAUUGAGGAAUUAUCAAAUGCACGUAGUAUGGAUACCACUGCAUUGCAGCUUGAACAUGAGCGCCUAGUUAAACUCAAUCAAGAGAAAGACUUUAAGAUUGCAGAACUCAAAAGAAACAUGGAGCAGAUGGACGCUGACCAUCAAGAAACGAAAGAGAUGUUGACUACCAGUUUAGGAGGACAGAAGCAGUUGACAGAACUUAUAAAAGAAAAAGAGGUAUUUAUUGAAAAAUUUAAAAAUCGAAGCUUACAGGUGCAACAGGAACUUGAGGAAUAUAUUAAGGAUUCCAAAAAGCAAGAUGUCUUAAAGCAAAGCUUAGAGGAAAAAGACAAAAGUCUUGCAGUUAUGAAGGAAGAAAAUAAUCAUUUGAAAGAAGAAAUUGAACGUCUUAAGGAUCAGCAAAGUAGGUCUCUACCUGUGGUCGAGCCUAAAACUCUAGAUAUUAUUAUUGAACUUGAAAGUGAGGUAACACAGUUAAAAGUGAUAAAGAAUAAUCUUGAAGAGGAAAUAGAAGUUCUCAAGAAAACAAUAGAAGAUCAGAAUCAAAAAACAGUGCAACUUCAGCAGUCUUUGCAGGAGCAAAAAAAGGAAAUCGAUGAAUCUAAAUUUCAGCGUGAGCAAAUGAAUGUCACACAUGAAAGACUUUCCUUGGAGAAAGAUGAGGAAAUAAAAAAUUUACAGAAAACAAUUGAACAAAUUAAAACUCAGUUGCACAAAGAGAGACAGGUUAUUCAGACUGAUUCCUCUGAUCUCUUUCAGGAAACUAAAGUUCAGACACUUAAUGGAGAAAAUGGAAAUGAAAAACAUGACUUGUCUAAAGCUGAAAUUGAAAGACUAGUGAAAGGUAUCAAAGAAAGGGAGAUGGAGAUUAAGCUUUUAAAUGAAAAGAAUGUUUCUCUAAGUCAACAAAUUGAUCAGUUGUCCAAAGAUGAAGUUGGCAAACUCACUCAAAUCAUUCAAGAGAAAGACUUAGAAAUACAAGCCCUCAAUGCUAGAGUUUCAUCAGCUUCCUAUAGGCAGGAUGUUCUUUGUCUUCAGCAGCAGCUGCAAGCUUAUGUCAUGGAAAGAGAGCAAGUUCUAGCAGUUCUGAGUGAAAAGACAAGAGAGAACAGUCAAUUAAAAACAGAGUACCAUAAGAUUAUGGAUAUGGUAGCUGCUAAAGAAGCAGCUUUGGUAAGGUUGCAAGAGGAGAAUCAAAAGUUAUCCACUAGAUUUGAAAAUAGCAGUCAAGAUAUGUUUAGGGAAACUAUUCAGAAUUUAUCCCGUAUUAUUCGAGAAAAAGAUAUUGAAAUAGAUGCCCUAAGUCAAAAAUGCCAAACCUUACUGACUGUCUUGCAGACGUCCAGUACAGGUACUGAAAGCGGGUCAGGAGGUGUUAACAGUAACCAGUUUGAGGAACUUUUACAGGAACGUGAUAAACUAAAGCAACAAGUAAAAAAGAUGGAAGAGUGGAAGCAACAGGUAAUGACCACAGUUCAGAACAUGCAGCAUGAGUCAGCUCACCUCCAAGAAGAGCUACACAAGCUUCAAGCACAAAUUUCAGUCGAAAGCGAUAGUAAUUCGAAGUUGCAGGUAGAUUAUAAUGGCUUGAUUCAGAGUUAUGAACAGAAUGAGAAAAAGCUGAGAAGUUUUAGUCAGGAGUUGGCGCAAGUUCAACACAGCAUAGGACAGCUACAUAACACCAAGGAUCUCCUCCUGGGAAAACUUGAUUUGGUAACACCCUCUGUCGCAACAGUUUCUGUUGUUUCACAGCCUUCAGGCAUUCAGCAUGGUGUUCCUGAAGUACUCAGUGAUGAAUCCAAACUUCUUCAGAAAGAACUGGAACAACUGAAAAAAAAGUUGCAAGAAAAAGAUGCAACUAUUAGGACUCUUCAGGAAAACAAUCAACGAUUAUGUGAUUCUGUGGCUACAGCAUCAGAGUUUGAAAGAAAGGGUCAAGAAGAGACUGAUUCAGAGAGGAGACAGAUCAAAGAAAAACACGAUAUCUUACAGAAGUCACUUAGGGAAAAAGACAUAUUGAUUAAAUCUAAAAGUGAUCAGUUACUUUCUGUGAGUGAAAAUCUUAGUAACAAGGAGAAUGAAAAUGAGCUUUUAAAACAAGCUGUGACCAAUCUUAAAGAAAGAAAUCUAAUUUUAGAAAUGGACAUUCGAAAACUGAAAGAAGAAAAUGAAAAAGUAGUUGCAAGGUGUAGGNAAAAAGAAACAGAAUUCCGAGCACUUCAGGAGACUAAUAUGCAGUUUUCAAUGAUGCUGAAAGAGAAAGAAUUUGAAUCGCACUCAAUGAAAGAAAAAGCUCUUGCUUUUGAAAAGCUAUUGAAAGAAAAAGAACAGGGCAAGACAGGGGAGCUGAAUCAACUGCUAAAUGAAGUUAAAUCAAUGCAGGAAAAAGCUGUUACUUUUCAGCAAGAGAGAGACCAGGUAAUGGUGGCACUCAAACAGAAGCAAAUGGAGAACACUGCCCUGCAGAGUGAGAUGCAGCAUCUGCGUGAGAAAGAGCAGCGCCUGAAUCAGGAACUGGAGAGGCUGCGUAAUCACCUUUUAGAAAUGGAGGACUCCUACACACGUGAAGCUUUAGCGGCAGAAGACAGAGAGGCCAAGCUAAGAAAGAAAGUUUUGAUUUUGGAAGAAAAACUGGUGUCUUCGUCUACUGCAGUGGAGAAUGCCAGUCAUCAAGCUAGUCUGCAGGUUGAGUCUUUGCAAGAACAAUUAAACCUGGCUUCCAAGCAGAGAGAUGAAACUAUGCUGCAGCUGACCAUCUCACAGGACCAAGUGAAACAGUAUGCAUUGUCACUGGCCAACCUGCAGAUGGUACUAGAGCAAUUCCAACAGGAAGAAAAAGCCAUGUAUUCAGCAGAGCUAGAAAAACACCAAAAACAGGCUUCAGAAUGGAAGAAAAAAGCUGAGAAGUUAGAAGAAAAAGUUGUAUCACUGCAGGAAAGUUUAGGAGAGGCAAAUGCUGCACUGGAUGCAGCAUCAAGGCUUACUGAGCAACUUGACUUCAAAGAGGAGCAGAUUGAGGAGCUUAAGAAAGAAGGUGAGAUCAGAAGAGAAAUGCUAGAAGAUGUACAAAAUAAACUAAUGAAUCUUAUCAACAGCACAGAAGGAAAAGUGGACAAGCUCCUGAUGAGAAAUCUCUUUGUUGGACAUUUUCAUACUCCGAAAAAUAAACGUCCUGAAGUAUUAAGGUUAAUGGGAAGUAUCUUGGGAAUAAAGAAGGAAGAACUCGAUCAGUUAUUAUCUGAAGACCAAAGAGGAGUUACCAGAUGGGUGACUAGCUGGCUUGGUGGAGGAGCUGGGUCAAAGAGCGUCCCUAGUACGCCUUUGAGACCUACUCAUCAGUCCGUUUUUAAUAGCUCUUUUUCAGAAUUGUUUGUGAAAUUCCUUGAAACAGAGUCUUGCCCAACUCUUCCUCCACCAAAGCUCUCUGUUCACGAUAUGAAACCUUUAGGAACAGCUGGAACUGGUAAAACUAGCAGUACUCCAUCCAGCAGUCAAAUACCAGAUUCUGCAGUCUCAGGAACCAGCAGAAGACCAGAUACAAAUCCAUUUUUAGCGCCUCGAUCUGCAGCAGUGCCUCUCAUAACACCUGCUAGUAGUUCUGGACAUCUUCUUAUGAAACCUAUUUCUGAUGCUUUACCUACUUUUACACCACUGCCAGUGUCCCCUGAUGCCAGUGCUGGUGCUGUACUAAAAGACCUCCUAAAACAAUAGAUGAUCUUGAAGCCAAUAUGAUGACAGUAGCACUUUAAGAAAAACAAGAACACUAUGUUGUAUAUAAUAUACACAAAGAGGCCUUUUUGUAAAAAGUUGUGUACUUGUUUGCAUUUGUACUUUGUUUUUCUUCUGAUUAUGCACUAACCAGUGCUUUGGAAAUUCUAAUGAUCACAUGAAUAACUGCCUCCUUUAUAGCAGGUAUUCAUUGUGGUUGUGAGUUAUUUUUGCCCCUCUCUCUCCCCCCUGCCCCCAAUUUAAAAUCUAUCUUGUUGAUGGAGCUGCAAGACAAAUUGAAGGAUUUAUAAACCUUAAUCUUACUCUGAGUUGUUUCAAUUAUGCAUGGACAACAUUAACUCUUUGAUGGUGAGAUCUGUUUCUCCAUUAAAGUGAUUAGCUAUUAACAGCAGGCCUUCAAGAACCAUAAUUUCAAAAAAAAAUUAUUUCCAGCCAAAAUUUCUAAUUUGAGAUGUUGAAUUAAUGGCACACAUGCCAAAGAAUUAGACAUUGGAAUGAGCAUAUGGAAGUGUGACUAUUGAGUAACUGCAGUUUUCCAACACAGAAUUUGUUACAGCUGCUUAUACUAAGACAUGUCUCUUAUUUACAGGUUUGAUCACAUUCUGGAGCAGCUGGAAGCAUGUUAAUCUCUUUUCACAAAGAUGUGAAUUUUUUUCCCCAGCCUAAUAGCUGCUUUCAGCAAUCAAACCCAUCAGCACCAAAGAGUUAACUGUCGGAAUGUGUGUUUCAUUUUCUGCAAAUGUCCAUGUGGUACAUAGUCAGCAGUGGAGAAUUUAGCAAAAGAUAGAUUCACCUAAAUACAGAUAGUAUACAGUAAUGGGUCUAAGAUGUAUAUUUAAGAGACUUUUUAUCUUUGAGGAUUUUGUAGAUUCAAAUACAGGCUUAAAGCUUAAACAUAUGUAUAGAACUUAAAAGUAAGAAAAAUUGUUACUUAUCCCGAAUGUGUAAAUAGGUCUUUGUAAGACCAAGGCCGAAGUCGAUUAUUCUGUACAUUUUGCUGUGAUAACUUGUACACUUUGUGUGGCAGAUAAAGGAUUAAGUUGCAUACUAAGGGAUAAAAUUCAUCUUACAAAAAUAGUGAAUCUGGGAUAAAAUGUCUUCGUUUGAAAAUGUGUCUAAACCUUUUUGUAGGCCAUUCCUUGUUUAGUCAGUGUUAAAAGGUAACUGUUGUGCAAGUUCUAUAUUAGAACUGUCAACCUUUACUUUUCGUUUUCAUUAAGGUCCUAGAGUAUAUUGUUGUAAGAGUUAUAUUUAAAUAAAAUUAAUCACUGAAAUUUGUACAGAAUCUAUCAAAAUAAUACAACAAAUCUUUGCAUUUAUUUACGUAGAGAUUGAAUAGUGAAAUUCUUUUGUUGCCUUGAAAUCUAACAGAGUUUGGUUUAAUUGCUCUAUUUACCUUGAGUCCAUUCUCUCCAAUAUGUUAAUAUUUCAUGGAAGCUUUGUCCAAUCAACAUCCAAAUUUGCGUAUACUGAAUUUUGAUUUUUGAUUUUUUUAAACUGCAUUAUAGAUGAGGUAAUUUGGCCUUUUGAUUUCUGAGAGGAUAGCAGGCACAUGUGGUAUACCAAAGCAAAUGCUACACUAAUAAAUGUAAUGAGAACUUAAAAUUACCUCUGCUGAGACUAUUUUCGAUUAGGGACUGAGUACUGAUACACAACUUAAUUUAAACUACUGAACUGGAAUGGUACCCAUUUGUCUAUAACAAAUAUAAAAAAUCUGAAAUCAGA